GCGGCCGCCGCAAGAGUUCGUGCGGAACAGCCGGGUUGGGGGGGGGGACGUUUGCAAGCCGUUUGCCGCCACGGAGAUCAGACGAUAAGGACCAAGACUAGUAUGGAAGAUUCUGAAGGGGACUGUUCCAUUCAGAGAGAAGCCAGCCUGUCUCAGUUCUGUUCUCAUCUGGUCACUGCAAAGAACCUGGUACGAGAUCUUAAGAACCUUGGUGGCUUUAACUGACCCAGAGGAUGGGAUACUGGUUCAAACUCCAGAUGGCUUUAAACUCCCCGGACAACUGGAAAACUUAAAUUUGCCGCAGCCGGGCCAAAGCCAAGUUAGCAUAACCAAGUAAUUGCCCCAAGAUGGGCGAGGAAGGUGCAGGUGAAGCUUUUGUGGGUAUAGUGGCUGGUGGGGGCAAAGAUUAUGAGGGCGCCCUUCCCUCAGACACAGUUUCAUUGAGUGAUUCAGAUUCAGAUGACUUUGGGUUCCCAGAUGAGGCCGAAGUUGAUACCGUCUCCCCCGAAGAUCCCCUGGCCUUGGAUGAUGUCGGAGGCGGGUCGGAUGAAAGUGGCGGCCCCCCGCACGGCCCCCGCAGGUCACCCGUCCAACCGUUUCACCUGAAAGGCAUGAGCUCCAGCUUCUCCGAGCGCAGCCAGAGCAUCUUUGAUUGUCUAGAAGGGGCGGCCAAACGUGCGGUGCCCUCACUGGCCGAAGACAACAUCAUUGACGGGAGGUUUAAGCGCCCUCUGCCUCCACCCAGCAAGACGCCUGCAGAAAACGUUGGAAGACCCAGCAGGCCCCUGCCAUCUCCUAAGAGUUCUCCUGAGGUGCCCGACUAUGUGGCCCACCCAGAACGCUGGACAAAGUACAGCUUAGACAGCGUCUCGGAGACUAGCGAGAAGGCAAACCGAUCGAUCGCCAUGGAGUUUCUGGAGGGCUUGAAGAAGAGCCGAGAACAAAGCAGUACUCGUUCUGAAAGCUACACCCCGUCUUUCAACCAAGAUCCCUCCAGCUCUGGGGCCGGAAGGAUUGUCUUCACUAAACCAUCAAAGGUGGUUUUAGAUGUCUCAGGAAGAAAAAGAGCGGCGGUGGAGGAGGAGGAGGAGAAGGAAGAGGCAAAGCCGAUGGCUACGAAGCAGGAGCUCAAAGGGAAACCACAAAAAAAGUCUAGCAACCAGAAGGAAGAUGAAACAGUUGGACUAGAUCACUUAGGUAGUGGAGUCAAGGAAGUGGGAGAUGAAAAGCCAUUGCAGUUGGGGGUGCUGAGCAUUCCCAAAGGGCCUGGCACAGAUUCUGCUGAGGCACUCGAAGAUGCAACAGUGGUCACGGUGGGAUUCCACGGCAGCAAGAAACGGAGCAGGAAGCAUUUCCGGCCCAAAGCCAGCCUGGACGAAAAGGAGGAAGAUCCCUAAAGAAGCUGGAGAAGUGAUAUGUACAUAUGUGUUCUAGUGUUUUUGCAGAGAACUUUCCUUGACAUUUUCCCCCCCUUUGCCAGGUUUGCAUAAGUUGGGCAACUUGCUUGUUUUUGUUCACUGUUCUUCAGGCCGCGACUCAAAAUAUCCCUUCUGUCCCAUUUUACCUUCCCAAAACGUCCCUCUGUGCUAGUUUUGUUUGAAGUGUUCUAGAGAUGCUUAUAAAAGAUUCAGUAACGACAUAAACUUGUCUUUGGAAAAGGAGGUCUCUUUACAUCGCCUGUUUCAAGUCGGGGAGCGGAUCCUGUGGCCCCGUGCUGGUUUUUUCUCUUCUUGAGACUGUUACUGAAGUAUUGCUUUGCCUCAGCCAUUUGUAUACUCUCUGUUAACUAGUAUCCCAUCCCUGAAUAUCUUAACCGGUGGAACGUUUUAUAUGGACGAGGCCCAAAAAUACCCGAUUGGGAUCAUGUGGAGCGAAGGCUUCAUCUGUACAUUUCCACACUGCCAGUGAAAGUAAAAGCACACUAAAGGAGAAGGUGUAUCCUGGGGAGAGACAAACAGGAAGAUGUAUGCACACAGUAAUGGCAUGCGUGGGGGGGGAAAUAAAGGCAGUCUGAAU